AUGGACACGGUCACAACUGACAAUGGCAACGCGGCGGCGCCGGUGGUGGACGCGCGGUACUGCGCGCCACACGCUACGGCGUUCAAGGUGACCGACACGUUUUCGAACGGCUUCUCCGUCACGGACGCCGACGGCGCGCAGGCGAUGCGGGCGGAGAAGGCCGUCCUCAGCUGGUUCCGCCGCCACCUCCUCGUCGACGUCUCCGCGGCGCCGCGCCGCCCCGUGCUCACCGUGCAGCGCUGGCCGACCGUCUUCGAGAUCUACCGUACGUGGGAGGUGUACACAGGGGACAGCACCAGACGUACGGACCUGCUAUUCAUCGCCGUCGCGCAGCCAUCGAUAUUCGGUGUUGGCGAUGUCCACGUGCACCUCGCCGGCCACGGCGGCAGGGACCCCGCCGACUUCGUCGUCCGCAGCGGCGGCUUCUUUAGCAGCGACUACACCGUCUCCCGGUCCCGAGACGGCACCGUCGUUGCUCAGAUACAGCGUACGGGCGGACUGCUCGAUUUGCUGAUCAAUUCGCUGCAGUAUAGAGUUAGCAUCAACGCAGGUGUCGACCAAGCUUUCGUCCUGGCGCUCACCGUGAUUCUUGCAGAGAUUCGUCACGAUGACCGCGACAACGAUAAUGAUGUUUGUCGAUGA